AGAACGUAACGAUGAUGCUAGGUGCAAGUUUCCUGCUGGCCACGCUGGCUUUGUGCAUCGAUUCAAGUUGGGGAGAUUCGAUCGCUGCCCUCAUACUGGCGCGGGGUGGUUCGAAAGGCAUCCCGCUGAAGAAUAUCGUCGAGCUGGCACCGAACGAAACGUUACUCGGCCGAGCACUGGACACCAUCCGACGGGCGUCCGUUUUCAACGACAUCUGGGUAUCGACCGAUCAUGAGCUGAUCGCACGGGAAGCUGAGCGGCACGGUGCAACAGUGUUUACCCGAUCCGUCACACACGCCCAGGAUCAUUCAACGUCACUCGAGGCGACACGUGAAUUUCUGGAAGCGCAUCCGGAGAUCGAUCGUUUCGCGCUGAUCCAAUGCACUUCUCCCUUGCUGCGGCCACACUAUCUGGAGAACGCAGCCCACCAGCUUUCCCCUACCGGACCAGCACUUCCGUGUGUGUUUAGUGUGCUGCGAAGCUAUAAAUUGCGGUGGCGCAAAAUGGACCUCAGCGGGCUGCUGGAACCGCUCAACUUCGACCCGAAAGCCAGACCACGGCGACAAGAUUGGACCGGGGAGCUGGUAGAGACGGGCAUGUUUUACUUCACCAACCGGCGGCUGGUGAUGGAGGAGGGAACCUUCCAGAACGAACGGUGCGGGGUGGUGGAAGUGGAAGAACUCGACGCCUUGGAGAUCGACGAUGCGAAGGAUCUCGAGAUGGCGCGACUUUUGAUUGCAAUGGACUAAGGAGUGGCCACCGAAGUA